AUGCCCAAAAUUAUGCACACAAUAUCGUCGCACGAGAGACGAUUCGGGGUGGGCGAUUACUUUGAGUCUUUGAACCGAGAUAAAAUUGUAUUUGAAGAAUACACGGAUAGAGUCACGAACCUAGAUGAUUGCUGGCGGAUGAUACACCUCACCGCUGGGCCGGGAGCAUUCAAAGGGGGCAUUUUUACUCCACCGGUCUACGGAAGUAAUACGAGGAAAAGACGAUUGCAUCAAGUCUCCAACGUCAUCUUGGUGGGAAUCCAUGAUAUCCCACGUCGUAACAGAGCCCAGCAUCAUGCAACCCAUUGCCAGUUGGACAGUUUGGCAGGGUCCCUUGACUUGACAUUUGUUAAGGUUCUUCGCAACUGA